AUGGACAGGGACGAGUUGCCGUUCCGUCUGCCCAGCCUCCUGACUGCCAGGCCCCCAAAGUUGUACUGGUGUAUUCGAAAUAGCCAUCAGUCACUUAUAACGCCUUCGCUUGAUUGCCCCGAACCCCCGCCCCCCACUUUCUUCAUCGCGAUCGCUUUUCCUCCAGCAGAAGGCAAAGUUAUUGUUAACUCUACCUUCCUCCAAUCUCCUGUUCAUUAG